GGCGGCGUGAACGCGCAGCGUAGUGGCCGCACUGAUUAGCAAAAGCAAAGAGGAGUUUUGAGCGAGGAGCUGCGAAGCGAAGGGGCUGCCUUUUAAUUACACCCGAACACGCUGGGAUUAAAAAGAGAGAGAAAAAGAAUGUUUUCUGCGCCGCGGACUUGAAUGUCGAAGGACUUUGUUCGGGAGUCGAGCGUCCGGAGAGAGAAGAAAAACAAAUUAAUCCAGUGGGAAUGCACCGAAUUAAAUAGAGACUUAGGUUUUUUUUUUUUGUUUUGUUUUUUUGGUGCGUGGCUACAAGUGUGCGCGGCUCUGCAGAAGAAGCCUGAAAGAGACGAAGGAAACUUGAGUGAAACGUUGAGUUCAGCUCCCCUCUGGAGCGGUGAUGUCUUGAUGGUGGCCCCUCCAGCCCAGUGAAGGAGUCCCAGUGCCGGGCCGCUGCUAAUGGGAACUCCUGCUCCGCCAUGAGCUCUCGAGAUGGCGGUGUCGGUGGAAUGGGCACGCUGGGCCGACGGCAACGCUUCGAGAACUCGGAGUUCACCGUGCGCAUCUACCCGGGCGCCCUGGCCGAGGGCACCAUCUACUGCCCCAUCAGCGCCCGCAAGACCACCACGGCCGCCGAGGCCAUCGAACGCAUCAUCGAACGGCUGCAGCUGGACCGCACCAGGUGUUACGUUCUGGCCGAGGUGAAGGAGUUCGGCGGGGAGGAAUGGGUCCUGAACCCCUGCGACUGUCCCGUGCAGAGGAUGAUGCUUUGGCCUCGAGUGGCGCUGGAGCACCGGCCGCUUUCUGGCGGCGAGGAUUACCGCUUCCUCCUCAGGCAGAAGAACCUGGACGGCUCCAUCCACUAUGGUGGCAGCCUCCAGAUGUGGCUGCAGGUGACGGAGGAGCGCCGGCGGAUGGUGGAGCGUGGACUGCUACCUCAGCCGGAAUCUCAGGGCAACCAUGCCGACCUGUGCUGCCUGCCGGAGCUCAACGAGCGCUCGCUGCUGGACAACCUGCGCUCGCGGUUCCGCCACGAGAAGAUCUACACUUACGUGGGAAGCAUCCUCAUCGUCAUUAACCCCUUCAAGUUCCUGCCCAUCUACAACCCCAAGUAUGUGAAGAUGUAUGAUAAUCAUACGCUGGGAGAUCUGGAGCCUCAUAUUUACGCCGUGGCAGACGUGGCCUACCAUGCCAUGCUGCAGAGACAGAGGAACCAGUGUAUCGUCAUAUCUGGGGAGAGCGGCUCUGGGAAGACGCAGAGCACCAACUUCCUCAUUCAUCAUCUGACCGCUCUCAGCCAGAAGGGUUUCGCCAGCGGAGUGGAGCAGAUAAUCCUGGGGGCUGGGCCAGUAUUAGAGGCGUUUGGGAACGCCAAGACGGCACACAACAACAACUCCAGUCGCUUUGGGAAGUUCAUCCAGGUGAACUACCAGGAGAGCGGCACCGUCAGAGGAGCUUAUGUGGAGAAAUACCUCCUGGAGAAGUCCAGACUCGUCUAUCAAGAGCACAAUGAGCGAAACUACCAUGUGUUUUACUACCUGCUGGCAGGAGCGAGUGAAGAAGAGAGGAUCGCCUUUCACCUCAAGAAGCCUGAAGAAUAUCAUUACCUCAGUCAGAUGACAAAGACAACCCGCCAACUGCACUGGGACAGUUACUGUGACAGUGAACCGGACUGCUUCACUGUGGAAGGAGAGGACCUGAAGCAUGACUUUGAGAGGCUUCAGCUGGCCAUGGAGAUGGUGGGAUUCCUCCCUGCCACACGAAAACAGAUCUUCUCUCUGCUGUCGGCCAUCCUCCACCUGGGCAACAUCCGCUACAAGAAGAAGACCUACAGGGACGACUCCAUAGACAUCUGUAACCCGGAGGAGCUGCCGGUCGUCUCAGAGCUGCUGGAGGUCAAAGAAGAGAUGCUGUUUGAAGCUCUGACAACGAGGAAGACGGUUACUGUGGGAGAGAAGCUGAUUGUUCCCUACAAACUGGCCGAGGCUAACACGGUGAGAGACUCCAUGGCCAAGUCUCUGUACUCGGCUCUGUUUGACUGGAUCGUCUUCAGGAUCAACCACGCUCUGCUCAACAUCAAGGACCUGGAGGAGACCACCAAGAUCCUGUCCAUCGGGGUGCUCGACAUUUUCGGUUUUGAGGAUUACGAGAACAACAGCUUCGAGCAGUUCUGCAUCAACUUCGCCAACGAGCGUCUGCAGCACUACUUCAACCAGCACAUCUUCAAACUGGAACAGGAGGAAUAUCGGGUUGAAGGCAUCAGCUGGAGGAACAUCGACUACAUCGACAACACGGGAUGCAUCAACCUGAUCAGCAAGAAGCCCACGGCGCUGUUCCACCUGCUGGAUGAAGAGUGCAAUUUCCCCCAAGCCACCAACCAGACUCUGCUGGAUAAGUUCAAGCGGCAGCAUGAAGGGAACAGCUACAUCGAGUUCCCUGCCGUCAUGGAGCCGGCCUUCAUCAUCCGACACUACGCCGGCAAGGUCAAGUACGGCGUCAAGGAUUUCAGGGAGAAGAACACGGACCACAUGCGUCCGGACAUCGUGGCGUUACUGAAGAGCAGCAAGAACGCCUUCAUCUGCAGCCUGAUCGGCAUCGACCCGUCGGCCACGUUCCGCUGGGCGGUUCUCCGAGCCUACUUCAGGGCCCUGGUGGCCUUCAGGGAGGCUGGGAAGAGGCACACACAGAAGAAGACUGGGCAUGAUGGCGCUGCUCCCUGUGCAGUAUUGAAAAGUGUGGAUAGUUUUAGCUUUCUGCAGCACCCUGUGCAUCAGAGAAGCUUAGAGAUCCUGCAGAGAUGCAAAGAGGAGAAGUACAGUGUGACCAGAAAGAGUCCACGUACGCCGCUGUCCGACCUUCAGGGAAGCAACACCAUCAAUGAGAAAUCACCGCGAAGUUCUCCGGGCCUCGGCUGGAACGGUCGCGUGGGUCGACAGACCCGCUUGUCGUCCACUAGCUCCUCCACAGAAGAAGACGGCAUCUUCGUCAACUCCGCCAGCAGCAAACUCCUGGAGAGAGCCCACGACAUCCUCAUGAGGAACAAAAACUACAAAUCAAAGCCAGUUCUUCCGAAGCAUCUGUUGAAUGUGAAGUCCCUGAAGUACCUGAGCAACCUGACGCUUCACGACCGCAUCACCAAGUCGCUGCUUCACCUCCAUAAGAAGAAGAAACCUCCCAGCAUCAGCGCACAGUUCCAGGCCUCCCUCAAUAAGCUGAUGGAGACUCUGGGUCAAUCUGAGCCUUAUUUUGUCAAGUGCAUCCGUUCCAAUGCUGAGAAGCUGCCCCUCCGGUUUAAUGAUAACCUGGUGCUCAGGCAGCUGCGCUACACCGGCAUGCUGGAGACAGUCCGCAUCCGCCAGUCGGGUUACAACAUCAAGUACAGCUUCAAGGAUUUUGUGCAUCACUUCUGUGUGCUGCUCCCAGAGGGCACCAGGGCCACCAGGGAGGGAAUCCAGCAGAGUCUGGACCAGCUGGAUCUGCAGCCCGAUGGCUUCCAAGUGGGAAAGACGAUGGUGUUUCUACGGGAGGCCGAGCGUCAGCGGCUGCAGGCGUUGCUCCACAGGGAAGUCCUCCGACUCAUCGUCGCGCUGCAGCGCCGCUUCAGAGCUCGACUGGAGAGGAAGCAGUUUGUUCGGAUGAGGGAGGCGGCGACCUGCAUCCAGAAAUGGUGGCGUUCCUACCAGUCCAUAGAGGAGGACGAUGAGGACGAAGACCCCGGCGUCCAGGAGGGGGCAGCAUUGUGUCUGCAGACCCACUGGAGAGGCUUCAGGGAGCGUCGGAGGUUCAGGCUGUGGAGGGAAGCUGCUCUGGUGCUGCAGAGGGCCUGGAGGCUGUGGAUCUGUCGCCGCUGUAUGGCAGCUCUGGUCAUCCAGACGGCCUGGCGCUGUCACCGAGCCAGAGAGGAAUACCUGCAUCUGUACGCCGCUGUGGUCCGACUACAGGCCAUCAGCAGAGGCUACCUCACCAGGAACAGCUUCAAGAAACUAACAGAACAAAGACUGAGGGAGAAACAGGAGCAGGAGGAGAAGCUGCUUCAGCUGCAGAAUGGCCAGGUGAAGCUCUCCCCAGAGGAGGAGGACUCACCUGAGAAGAUCAUGGGGCUGGACCUCAGCACUUGGGAAGAUUGUUCCUACGAGCAGCGAGAAAGAAGCCUCCAGAACCUCAGCAGCCAGAAGGACGUGGUCAAGGAGGACGGAGAAGCAGAAGAUGUUAGAACUAAAGCUCAGCCUGAAGCACCGUCCUCAGUCCCAGCCUCCUCUGUGGUGGUCCGAGAGAGAUCCAGAACCGUGGACGAGCCGAGCCAGAAAACCACCCGGGCCAAGAGGGAGAGCCGGCGGAUGAGAGAGCUGGAGCAGGCCAAGUUCAGCCUGGAGCUCCUCAAGGUUCGGGCGAACAGCGGCGGAGCUUCUUCCCCCUCCGAGGAACACCGGCGGUGGUCCGUUGAGCUGGUUCCCCCUGCGAGCCCACCUGUUCAUUCUCCACAAGGAACCCCCGACAGCCAGAGCUCCAAAGGCAGCUUCGAGCUUCUCAUGGUGGACGAGGAGCCGCCCAAGGCUACAGAGGAGGUGACAGACAGCGAGGACCCCUGCUCCCCCGUUCCCCUGGUCACCCCGGUAUCUGAGCCCAGCGUGGAGGUGAUUUCAACGAGUCCAAAGCCAGCAGAACCACAGAAGACCAGGGUUUGUGAUGGCCCAACCAGAAUGGAGCCAGCGGCCUCCACACAUCCGCCCAAGAUCAAGAACUACCUCCCAACCUUCUACGUCCCUGCUAGUGAGGCCAGCGCAGUGGUUUCCCAUCAGCCUGCCGAGGAACCUCAACAGAACAAAGAGGCCGCCACAUCUACCACCAUCUCCAAGCCUGUCAAAGAGAGACGGGAGUCGGCACGUCGCCCGGUGGUGGUGGUCAUCAGCAUGCAGAAGGAAACACCGCUAAGCGAAGAGCUGAGCGGCGGCGUCCGUCCCUCGGUGGAAGUUCGAGAUUCUGCAGCCCAGACGGGGGAUUCGACGCCUUCAAAACCAGAACCAGAACCAGCUGCUGCUCCAGCCGCCGUCCCUCCGGGUGACCAGACCGUCAUAGAGAAACUGGUCCGACUGAAUGAGGAGAAAGAGGAGAGGCAGCGGAACCAGCGACAGCAGAACGAGAAGGAGAUGAUGGAGCAGAUCCGACAGCAGAAGGAAGUCCUGGAGCGGCAGCGGCUUUUCUUCGCUCAGUACGAGAGGGACAUGUUUGAGAAGCAGAAAGGAGAGGCGCUGCACAGGAUCCAGCAGAGUCGGCAGGGCGGCCAGGACCUUGGUGGAACCUCCAGCAGACCCAUCAGACCCAGCUCGCUGCUGAUUGAGAGAGCAGCAGGUCUAGUUCCUCACGCCAGAACCCAGUCAGAGUCGGGUUCAGACAGUGCCCCUCGUCCCCAGCUGCCUCCUCCGCCUGCUUCUGCUCCCAGAGAAAGACGUAAAGACAUGAGGCCUGCUGCUGAAGGAUGGGCGCCCAAACUCACCCUGGAGUCCAGAGACGGAACCAGAGCGAGAGCAGCUGCCAAGAAACCACCGAGUACCCAAGGCACCGCCGUUAGUCUGACGGAUAAACCAGGAAACAUCUUCUUCUCCCCAACGGACAAAGUGACGUUUACAAAUUUUGACAACGAAGCAGCGCCUCAAGACAAAACCCCUGCAGUUGCUCCCAGAGAAGGACUAGCACCGGCCCCCAAGCCUUCUAAAGGACUGAAAGGACGGGAUGUUGGCAGAGUUGGCCAAAAAAAGAAAGCCAGAAUGGCACGGACCCGCUCGGACUUCCUCACCCGUGCCCCUGUCCUCUCGCUGGGGGGCGAUUCAGACGAGGAGGACUAUGACGGCGACGGCCUGGUCAGCCCCCGACAUUACACCCUGCCCCUCUCCAAACAGAGCUCCACGGAGGCAGGCUUAAGGGAGUCCUGUUUCAGUGACUCAGACAUGCCUGGAAGCUCUGAGGAGCAGAAGAAGAUCCACAAAGCCAUGUCUUCUGGAGAUCUGGGCAAAGUGGACUCGCUGCGCAAGAACUCGCAAGAUGGAAGGGUUCGUGGAAAGAUGCGUUUCUGGGGAAAGACCAAGUAUGGAGAUAAGAAGACGUCCAGAGAGAAGCUGAUUUGUGGAGCUGAUUCCCUGGAUGGAGACUAUGGAGACACCGGGCCUCUGCUGGGAGACACAGGUCAGGAGAACAUGUCGCCGCCCUGCAGUCCUGAUCUGACGCUGGAUCGAGGGUUCAGAGACCUGAAGGAACCGUCUCCCAAAGUGAAGCGACGGCGGAGUGUUAAGAUCAGCAGCGUGGCUCUGGAACCGGCUCAGUGGCAGAACGACGCUCUGCAGAUCCUCACCUGCACCAGCGACUACCGGAGCAUGAACGACUUCCUCAUGAAGAAGAUCAAUGACUUGGACACUGAGGACAGCAAGAAGGACACCAUGGUGGACGUCGUGUUUAAAAAGGCUCUGAAAGAAUUCCGUCUAAACAUCUUCAACUCGUACUCCACAGCACUCGCAAUGGACGACGGUAAGAGCAUCCGCUACAAAGACCUCUACGCUCUGUUUGAACACAUCCUGGAGAAAACCAUGAGGCAGGAGCAGAGGGACUGGAGGGAGUCUCCGGUCAAAGUGUGGGUCAACACCUUCAAAGUCUUCCUGGACGAGUUCAUGACGGAGUACAAACCUCUGGACAGCGCAGUCACCAAGCCCGUACCUAAACCUGAACGCAAAAAACGAAGGAAAAAGGACAUGGACAUCGUGGAGGAACACAACGGCCACAUCUUCAAGUCCACCCAGUACAGCAUCCCCACGUACUGCGAGUUCUGCUCCUCACUCAUCUGGAUGAUGGACCGGGCCUGCGUCUGCAAGCUGUGCCGCUACGCCUGCCACAGAAAGUGCUGCCAGAAGACGACCACCAAAUGCAGCAAGAAGUUUGAUCCGGAGCUCUCCUCCAGGCAGUUCGGAGUGGAAGUUUCUCGUCUGACUAACGAUGAGAGGACGGUGCCGCUGGUGGUGGAGAAGCUCAUCAACUACAUCGAGAUGCACGGCCUCUACACCGAAGGAAUCUACAGAAAAUCUGGUUCCACCAACAAAAUCAAGGAGCUGAAGCAGGGCCUGGACACAGAUGUGGACAGCAUGAAUCUGGACGACUACAACAUCCACGUCAUCGCGAGUGUUUUCAAGCAGUGGCUGAGAGAUCUGCCCAACCCUCUGAUGACGUUUGAGCUCUACGAGGAGUUCAUCCGAGCUAUGGGUUUGCAGGAUAAAAAGGAAAUGAUCAGAGGGGUUUAUUCAAUCAUCGACCAGCUCAGCAGAACUCACCUGAACACUCUGGAACGCCUCAUAUUUCACCUGGUCAGGAUUGCUUUGCAGGAGGAGACCAACCGUAUGUCGGCUAACGCUCUGGCGAUAGUCUUUGCUCCCUGCAUCCUCCGCUGCCCCGAUACCAUCGAUCCUCUGCAGAGCGUCCAGGACAUCAGCAAGACCACAGCGUGUGUAGAACUGAUCAUUUGUGAACAGAUGAAUAAGUACAGAGUGCGACUAAAGGACAUCAACACGCUGGAGUUUGCUGAGAAUAAAGCGAAGUGCAAACUGACUCUCAUCCGACGGUCGAUGAGACCAGUACUAAUAGCUGUUAGAUUUAUGAGCAUAAAGCACAUUAUGCAGCCAAAUGCAGCUAAAAAGGGAAAAGGCCACGUACAGCGACUGAGCUACCACACUCCCUCGCCUCCGGUCAGUCCUCGACUGCCGUCUGUGGCCGACCCUGUUAUCGAAGAGAGCGGCAGUGAAGAAGGAGCGGAAUCGUUCGUCGAAAUCUCCAAGCACCAGCAGGCCGCCAUGCAGCAGGAGGAGAGGGUGCUGACAGAACAGAUAGAAAACCUCCAGAAAGAGAAAGAGGAGCUGACCUUCGAGAUGUUGACUCUGGAGCCUCGAGCGUCAGAUGAUGAGACCCUGGAGUCGGAGGCCUCUAUCGGUACAGCUGACAGCUCUGAAAACCUCAACGUGGACUCUGAGGAAACCAUUUCUGACUUCUCUGAGAGAGGUCCAGCGUUGACGUCCCCCUGGCCUCGGAGAUCUGACGGUAAAAGCCCUCGACGCCGAGUUCUCCGCCGGCAGCCUGAAUCCCUGGACUCUGUAGACUCUUGCUCCAGUGUUUCCUCCUAUUCCUCAUCAUCACGCUACCACCCUUCGUCUGCUUCCUCUUCGUCUGCCGCCGCCUCAUGGCGGUUUCGUUUCCACUCCAAGUCUCCCACCGUGGGCUCGGGUCCGGCCCAGGCUCUGAACACAUCUCAGGCCUCUCGAUCCGACAGCUUAGACAGCAGCCAGACGGGAGAUCAAGAAGGCACCUACAACGAAAGGCCUCAGUUCACCAGCCGAGGCACCUUCAAUCCAGAGAAGGGUAAACAAAAACUUAAAGGGGCCCGGCAUUCAACCCUGAGGCACUCCAGAGAAGAAGAAGGCCACGGCAGGGACCCCCCAGAUAUCGCACCGCAUGUGGUUUUGUACGGCAGCAAUGAAUUCAUGGUAUGAAGGACACUGGGACACCAAAGCACUCCCUGUCCAACCCCCUGGCAGGCCUUUAUGUUCUCAACGGGAGGUUAUAGCAACUGAUCUCCUCUCCUCAAAACAAUCUUGCUUAGCCUUUCUUUGUUGAAGUCUGCAGAGAAGCGUCCCCAAGUGCCGCGAACAGUGUUUCCACCUCCACAGGGAGGCGGGGGGACCAGGAAGCAGUGGAAGGGCUCCUCUUCUGUGGACUGAACUGCCACCGAUGCUCUCCAGUGCCUUGGCAGCUCUUUCCUCAGCGCCGACACUGAGCAGGAUUACAGGGAAAAGGGAACGUUGGAAUAUGCGGAAGAAAACUCAGCAUCAGGGAAUGUUCCAGAGCUGGAAAAGCUGAAGAAGAAAUCAGGCUCCAUCUCGGAUAUCACAGUGAACUUAAAGCUCCAAUUUAUUAGCUGCUUUAUGAGUUUACAGUUUAAUCAGUGGAUGCUCUGUUAUAAUGAAAUAAUUUUUCCCUUAUUUAAUAAAUUUUAAUGUCACAGAAAUUCUUUAUAGCUUAUAAUAUACAGGUAUAAAUACUGUACAAAGCCGGAACACCAGCGUCUGCUGGGUAGUUGAAGUCAAAUAUUUAUCUUUUUUUUUUUUUUUUUUUGAGUAUCUUGGAGAGAGAUGAUUAUUUGGGCAGUGAAUGCUAUGUCUGUGUGUGUGCACGUUGCCGAGCGCUCAUGCGUGACUGUAUGUAUGUGUGAGAAAGAUAAAAACCACUUCAUGUGUUUUAAGUUUGUGCUGCUUUUUCAUUUUCCCUUCCAAAGGGGAAAUACCGCCAUCAAAGGGACCAAGUCAGCUGGUGUGUUUUCCAGCCAAGGGGAUCCCAGCUCUUUAAAGAAUGUCGGAUGUGUAUAAAAACGCCUACAUUCACUGCUUAACAGCCAUACAACAACUGUAAUGUACAGUACAGUUCCUGUGUACAGUUUAGUGGACAAAUGCCAUCCUAUUCUUGAAAUCUCUUGUUACCCACCCACUCCCAAACCCAUCCCCUCCUGUCUUUAAAGUGUUUGCUCAAUAGCAACCAAACAAGAACAUAAAGUCA